AUGCGUCGCCCCGCCUCCAUGUUCGUGGUUGGGCGUUUUUUUCUCGUGGCCCCAUGGCUCCUCGUCUCCGCCCACUGCUCUAUUCUUCCUACCCCGCCGCAUCACCCUAAAGUACAAUCCGACGCUAAAACACGACGACAUAGACCUCCCCUCGUACGGGUCGGCACGUUGGUCGCACUCGCCUCGUGCCCCGCCGCAUCUUUAGCAGCGGCUCGCUCGCUGUCGGCCAUGCCACCGAAGCUCAACUUAGAUGGCACGCUCAGCACGCGCGCCUCCACCGUGCAGGAGCGGAUGACGGAGGAGGGGCAGCCUGGGACGUACUCCCCCCGUGUGGCAUCCAGCCAAGCGGCGAAAGGACUCAGCGGCCCUUCCCACGCAGGUGGCGCAUCGGCGAACCGCUUAUCUUCCUCAGGGCCUUCUGCCCUAGGCCAUACCAGGUCGCUGUCGCCGCCGCACCUGUCCUCGCACGAAAUAUCGCUCCUGGAGGACGGGGUAAUGGGUAUCUCUGACCCGGAGAUGGCAGCCAUCCUCGCUUCAAAGUCGCGUCACGGCUCGAGCGAGCGCUCUUCGCCGAUGGACAGACUCAGCGGAAUGGGGCCAGGAGGUUACUCGAUUCCGAGCAAGCGCCGCGCCGCACCUCUUACGACGUUAGUCGAUCACCAGCAGGCGCGCCAAGCCAUUCCUCAACACUCCAAGGACGGCGACGCCGCAGCCUCGGCGAGAUGCAACGACGAUAGUGCCUCUGAAUGCUCCUCCUCCGUACUGAGAGCGGCCUCCACCUCUCCCCAAUCUGUGAAGCGUCGAGGGACCUCUCCGUCUGCAAUCUCGCAUGCUUCAAGCGAGUCCGCCCCCGCAGUUGCAAGGGCUAGUCUUGGUGCCACGAGCUCGUCUGCGCUCUCACAGAGCACCAUCUCCAUCAUGACGGCCGAGCAGCUGUACAUAUUCGGAAAGCCGUUCCAGGCCUACAUGAGCGCCACCUCUACACGACCCUCAUCAACCGACACACAGGUGACGCUUACAGCCACCAGCGCAAGUGGUGCCCCCGCUGCCAAGGCCGCCGCUGCCUCUGGCACGCACAUGGCAACAACUUUUCACCACAACCCCUCACAGUACAUUUCCGCCCUCACCAGCCAGGGCGACUUUGUCGCGGCGGGUGACCGCACCGGGCGUGUCGUAGUGAUGCGCCAGCGCGAGAUGGCGGCUGGACCACGCCGCACUCUCCUCGACAUCAUCCAACGCAGCGGGGAGGCCGAAGAGGACGAGGCUGCCAAGCGUCACUCGUCAGCCACCUCUGCCGCCUCAUCGUCGUUUUCCCCGUCUCGCCACACGACGGCCCUCAAUCACGUGCGUGACCCGUACGACUUCUACGUCGCUCAGCAGGCCUACGUUCCCGUGAUGGAUACACUGAACAGCGUUGAGGUGUCGCCGACAGUGACAGCGCUGGCGUUCCUGCCGCGGUCCGGCCCCACAACGUAUCUCCUUGCGGCGAACGAAAAGGUGCCGAAGCUGUACAAGAUCAUGUCUGUGCGGGAAUCAGCCAAUCCCUUCCGUGCGGUAGACAAGAUUGGCACGAAGACAAUCGGCCCACUGACCGCGAGUUCACGCACGUCUACGGUGGCCAUGAAGCCGGCUUCUCGCUACGCCAUGAACCACGAGUACAACAUCAACUCCAUCUGCCCCAUCGCGUACAGCGAGCAGUUCGCGACCGCCGAUGACGCGACGGUGCUUCUGUGGUGCAUCGAGUACCCUGACACGUCAAUCGAGACCCACGACCUGCGCUCCCCCUACGAGGACGGCCCACGCGAGACGAUUCGCGCCGUCCGCAACUUCCCGCAUGAACCGUUUCUCUUCUUCGUCGCCACUUCCGGUGGCAGCGUGCGUGUUGUCGACACACGGCAGACACUUCAAUGGGGCGAUCAGGCGGCGCAGGCAUUCAUAAACCCGCCGCGCGAGGAGGACGAGCCGUUCAGCAACGUCACAAAUAGCAUCUGCGACUGCGCCCUCAGUCCCUCUGGGCGGUACAUCGCCGGCCGCGACUUCAUGUCCGUCUGCUUGUGGGAUAUCCGCAUGGCUGGCAACGGUGGCGCGCGCAACGCGCCAGCAACCCCGCGUCGGCAGGCCCCAGCUGCGCGCGGCGGCGAUGGAAACCCCGAAUGCAGCAUGUUGCGGCGCUGGGCUCUGCACCCGCACCUGCGCGACGACCUCGACACCAUCUAUCAGUCGAACCUCCUCUUUGACAAGUUCGAUGUGCAAUUCUUGUCGAGCCGACAGGUGUGUACAGGGGGCUUCAACAACACCCUCUACACAAUGGACGUGGAGGGCACCAGCGCCGACACCGCCAGCGACAUCCGUACCUUUCAGCUACUAAAGACGGAGGGGAUUUCCGAAUUCCGACGCACCACCGUGUCGGCGCACCGACCUGGCGAGAACCGCAUCAGCACUGGGCAGGGCCUCGGCUCACGCAUGACGCUCAUGUCGCGGCCAUGUAUGUCCAUGAGUGGGAUGUGCGGGAUGAUGGUGGCGUGCGGACAGGCAGUGCUGCAGCUCAGCUACAACGGAUUAUCGAGGUGA